AUGGUUCAAGAUAUCAAGACAGUCAUGGUACUCGGGGUAUGUAAAUCUUGCACCUGUUUGAAUUAUAGGAACAUAGCAUGCAACCUGGACAAGUAUAGGGUGUGUGCUAAGGCUAAUGGAAACUUGAAGGGCCUCGGGAAUCUGGGCUCCUACAUAGUCCCAUCUCUCUUGAAUGCUGGUUUCAAUGUUUCAGUUCUAAGUCGGGGCUCGGCGGCCGCAUCUGCUCACGGAUUCGAAAACGUCCCGGCGGUGCAUUCCGACUACACCUUUUCAUCUCUCGUCGAAGCCUCCGCUGGGCAGGACGCAGUUAUCUCAACCAUUGCCACUGUUGCUACCAUGGACAUCAAUGACCGGAAAACAGUCAUCGACGCCGCUGUCGCUUCUAAAGUCAAGAGAAUUCUCCCUAGUGAAUUUGGGAGUGACACUUCAGUAGAGGACCUGGAAAAACAUGCCCCUUUUCUUAAAAGCAGACAGGAGGUGGUUCAGUAUCUUCGAACCAAGGAGGCAGAAGGCCUUUCGUGGACCUCAUUAUGCACAGGAGCAUGGAUCGAUUGGGACAUCUUCGCAGAUUUCAACCUUUGCUUACCAAACCAUCAUUUCUUCAAGAUGUUGGAAGAAGGCCGCGGCUUGCUAGGCUGGGAUAUCAAAACAGCCUCGGGCACACUCUUCGAUUCAGGCAACCAGAAAUUCACGGCAACAACUCUGAGGAAAGUGGCGGAAGCCAUUGCCUCCGUACUGGUGCAUGCAGAGGAGACUAAAAAUCAAUAUGUCCAAGUCGCUUCCUUCAACCUGACUCAAAACAUGGUGUGGGAAGCUCUGGAGAAGGCUUCUGGGAAAGCCUUCUCCAUGAAGAGGAUGAGCACCGCGGAUUUGCAGUCUCUAGCAACAAAGCACUUCGCAGAUGGGGAUUUGGAUUCGGCUUACUACGAGUUGGUGACUGCGGCGGUUUAUAGCGGUUCAGAAGUCAUUCACUUUCCAGAGCGCGCCGCUCAUUGGAACUCCGUCUUAGGCCUUGCCCAAGACGAGAGCCUGGAUGAGAUGGUUGAGCGAGUGCUGAGAAAGACACUUGGUUGA